AUGUCUGAAGCUUCUAAAGAACAGUUUUCCCUCGUUCUCGCGGGCACGGAAGCCACAGCCAAUGCACUGGCCGACGAGGAUGGGAAUUUUGCCAACAUUUCUCUUGUUCGUGAACUUGCUCCUUUUGACUGGGACAUACUAGAGUUACUAAAUAGUGACAUUGAAGCCACUACAUGCAACGGAGACUUGAUUGAUGCCAUCUUUGUUGGAGUUGAUCAUCUCAUGAAGAAGGCUAAAACGUGUAAAGGCAAACCGGAGAAACAUCUUCUGGUGGUGAGCAAUCUGGAGGGUGAAACUGACAUCAGCCAGAUGGACGAAGUCAUAGCUAGUUUGCAGAAAGCUGAAGUUCUCCUCAACCUCAUAGGCCUCCGCAUUACUCCCGGAGGCGAUAGUGACGGCCAUGCCGAGAAUUCUGCCGGUCCAUCUACAGGAAACUCAGCUCCAACAAACUCUGAUGGCAAAUCAUUCGUCGGGGCGAUGCUACAACGUGUUCAGGCGUUUGGCCAAAUUUUAGAUGCCUUGGAGGGCGAAAGCUUCGACUUCACGUGCGUGACCCUUAUCGCGAUUACUCUUUUUAUGCGCGGGCAGGAAUGA